AGAGUGGCACGUUGACUAGCGCUGCCCGCGGGUUCGCUUGUGUUUUAGUGUUCACGGAACAUUGACGUUAUAGUACAUUUAGAACGACUUUUUAAACGUGUUCCGAUGAAUUAAUUCUCAACUAGCGGCAAAGAGUAGACCUCAGAAGUUGUAAUAUUUGCUGGAUCAUCUUAGAUCCAAGAUGAAUCUGGAGUGUGGCGGGUGUGCGAGCGAGGACGUCAAGUGCUUCUGGCUGGUGUUCCAUCUGGACUACUUGAUAUACGCCGUCCUGGUGCUCAUCUUCAUUGGACUCUUCGUCUACUUUAUGAUUCACUGAUAUGGGGCUGGCGCGAGUUCAAGGCUACUAUGAAAUAGGAGAUGGAAGACGGACACCACAAUGACCCAUUCAAAGAGUUCGCUAAAGGCCUCAACUCACCUGAAAUCAAAUCGAACGCUAGCAUACCAUUUGCCGACGACUUUGUAGAACUAGACCACGUUCAGAAUGAAACCGUCCGGCCGCAAAGACUUAAAGACCUCGAGAAAGGUCCAGAGCACAGAGAUGGGAAAAUCCAUGCGGCAGAUUUGGGAGCCAUAUGCUCGCCUAAUAGCGAUACCAUAGUACUGGAUACUCCUGAAGGAACUCUGUACAUAACACUGGACCCCGAAUCAGCAAAGUCAAGUAGAGCAAGUCCGACUAGUCCAAGCACUCAGUCUACGGACUUGACUGAUAGUUUAGCCAGUCCGAGCACUUCGAAAGCAGUUGGAGAUGAAUCGAGGGUGUUAAUAGAGAAUGAAAGGGAUGCGGAGCAGAGAAGAGCGAACUUGCGGAGGAAUUCAAUUUCGAUGCCGACUCUACAGAACCUGGAGCAGGAGGUUUUGAGACAACAGUACAUGCAGAAUCCGCAAGAUGAGAUUCCCGAGCACCACCAGAGCUCGGCGUCGGGCUUCAGUGACGGUGAACCCACCUCCGGAGACAACAAUGAGGCUCUCACCGAUGACAAUGCCACCAAAGUUCCCCUACGCUCGCCGAGGCGGCCGCGCCGACUCCGCUCGGAGUUCAGCAUGGACGACGACGACUACUCGCCCAGCAACUCCGUCACGUCCGUCAACUCGCUCGCCAGCCUGCUGCGGGAGAAGCUGCAGAGCAUUCCCCAAAAGAUCCGCAAGAAGCCGACAGACUACAAGCUGCGUGCCUUCGUGGGUCUGAUGUUCUUAGCCGUGGCCUUCUUCGUGGGAUUCGCAUAUGUGCUGUACCACCAGCAAGCGCUCACCAAGGCGUACUUUACUAGUGUACAGUUCAAUGAACCGAAGCGGCUGGUCAGGAUCUUUAACAGCGAUGAGGUGGAGAUACUGAAGGCUAGGUUGGCGGUGAGCAUUCCCGGCAAAGGCGAGGUGUAUCCGUGCCUGCCGGAGCACCACCGCAGCGACGGCUCCGUAUGCCUCGAGUGGUUAAGACACCUGCGUUUGUACCUUAGAAGCUUUCCUCAUGACCCAGCUGUUGAUAACACCACCUGCUACGAGGUCUACUGGAAGUCUUUGAGCCAUGAUGUUUCCCCCAACGACUGUUUCGAUUGGAGCGACACCAAAGUGCACUGGUAUGGCGGAGGACAGUCCAUCAACGUUACUUGGCCCCUAAACAAUGGUUCUAUUAACUACACCCCUUUCGUCACCGGAGACAUUCACAAGGCACAGUGGGGUAAUGUGCUGACUAGGUACUUAAUCAACUCCAAAGGAGCAGCCCUCAUCAUUGAUGAAGAAACCCCGCUGUACGUUUCUGUUAAUGCGAAAUCCAAAGAAAUAUGUCUCAAAGCUAAAUAUGAUGAGUUUGCUUACGCGAACAAAUUAACAGAUUACGCUGAAAUGAAAUAUAACAUCUGUACCUCGAAAGACAUGAAGUCCCUACAUUCAUCAAUCCAUAGCCACAGAAGUGCUCCGCUGUGGGACGGCCUAAAGCCUGCCGAUAUGCAGACUCUAGAGUUUCUGAUCUCUGAACCGGUAUGGCAAAUUGCACCACGAUUUAAGCAUGAACUUCAAGUUGAAACCAUCUCGAAAUAUACAGAGGACGUCAUAAAUUUAGGAUUUUUAAAACAAGGGCACGUGCUCAUCAACGAAUUUUGGCAAAACGAAAUCGGUGAUCUGGCUGUAGAUACGAGCAGAUUUGAAACUUUAAACACUACAGUAGAUAAACUGCACAGACGAGGUUUUAAAGUUGCAUUUACUGUGCAGCCUUUUAUAAGCACUGAGAGUGUGAACUUUGCGGAAUGUGUUCAAAAGAGAUUGCUAAUUAGUGAAAGAAAUAGCGACAGAAGAAUACCAGCACUAACGAGAUUCAAGUCAUUGGCUAGUGCUGCUGUCUUGGACAUAACGAAUGAAAGAUCAGUGCCAUGGAUUUUGAACAAAUUGCAAACUGUGAUCGACAAAUACCACAUAGAUUCCUUUUAUUUCGAUCUCGGGUUAGCGUACGAUUUACCUCAUUAUUAUCAGUGCGAAAAGAAGUUAGUCAAUCCGGACCAAUAUAAAACACACUUCACAAAGACUUUUGAGAAAACUUUGAGUGUGAUAGGGGUGUCAUCGGCGGUGUCUUUGCCGAGACCGCCGAUAUUUGUAUCACUGCCGCCUUUAGAAUCUACAUGGGAAGCGUUACGGCUGGUCAUCCCUACAAUGCUCACCUACGGGAUUAAUGGAUUCCCGUUUAUUAUGCCAGGGGCUGUAGGCGGAGACAUUUACUGGCCAGGUAGCGAGCAGUUCCUGCCUUCUCCAAAGGGGUCGAUAGAUUUGAACAUAACAAACAGCACCCAAGACAAUGGCAUCGCUCUGCCGGAGAGAGAGUUGUACAUGCGAUGGCUGCAGAUGGCCACGUUCUUGCCAGUGAUGAAGUUCACGCACUUGCCGAGCAAAUACAACGACGAACGCGUUUUGGAAAUGGCGAAGAAUUUGACGUCAUUACGGCAGAAAUUGGUCACGCCCCUUCUAUUGAAGUACAAGCGAGAGGCACUAGAAGAGGGCCUGCCUCUGAUCCGUCCUUUAUGGCUGGUGGCCGGUGGAGACGCCGCGCUCCUGGUUCAAGACGAGUUCGCUAUUGGAGACGAGAUCGUCGUGGCACCAGUACUGCAUCAGGGACAGACUACUAGAGAAGUGUACCUUCCAGCUGGACUGUGGCAGGACGGAAUCGACGGAUCGCUGCGGAAAGGCAACCGCUGGAUGCACGAGUAUAGAGUGCCAAUCGACCGAGUUGCGUACUUCAUCAGGAAACCCGACGAUUUGAGGUUCAGAAGAUAGUACACUAUCGUUGGUCCACUGACGGACGUUAUAUCCUGAACUAUGUUACGGCUUUGGUUUAGCUGUGGCGAGAUAUAAUUUUUUUAUCGAUAUCGAUAUGGCCUCGACUACUUUCUUCUCUCUUUUUACUUCUGAGUAACAUUUAUCAAUAGUAGACUAGUUGAGACGAGUUAUUGUUAAGCUCAGAUGUGACUAUCCCAGUGCCAUUCCAACUUUAUUGUUAUCAUUCCAUUGAUAUUGGUCUAUUCUUAUCACUAAUAUUUGACAUAAAGAUUCGUGCUCUAACAGGAGUAGGAAGAUAAUUAAUAAAUAACAAAAGAGUACAAAGUGAUAAAUACAAAUAGUAAAAAGUAAGAUAAAAUAUUAUAACUUGAAAUGCAAAUUAUAAAAUAAGUGAUAAAAACCAACUUUAUAAUUUAAAUUAGGUAAUAAAGAAACGAUAGAGUUGCCAAAAUCUAUCAAUUCUGAUGGUUUUAAGAAAAAAAUAAACCGUUUCUUUUUUGUAGUAGUAAUGAAAAUGAAUGGUGACGCAUAUUAUUAUAAGAAUUAAGUGAUGAAUAGAGUAGGUUUUGUUGCGACCGUGAAAAUAGGUAGCAAUCAGUGUAAACUUGUAAGAAAUACCAAAAACUUAGAAAUGAAAAAUGUUGAUAGCGCAAAUCUAAAACUUGUGCUUUUAAUUUAGAAAUUUUACUAUCGCAGUGGUUCUAAUUUUGCGCACUAAUAACUUAAUUUUGUUUAUUACAAAUAUUUUUAAAAUUAGGGAUACAAAACAAUUGGUAAGUGACACAAAUACAGUGAGUCUCAGAUUUUAUAACCCUGCGCAUGUAAACGUUUUAAACACCGAUUAUUUAAGUUUAACGAGCAUCGUUAAUACACAAUCUAGUCCUUAAUAAA